AUGCUUAGGCGCAGAGCCACCAGUCCCCUGUUCGCCUUACGCGUCAAUGAUGGGCCCCUCGAUAUUUCAGGCCAUCAAGUACCCGGACCCAUCUUCCCUAUGGCCAAAGCCGCUAACCAUCUCGUGAUGCUGCUCUGUGAUCUCCUCGAUAUGAAUCGGGGUGAGUGCUCUUAUCCCACCUACAUUGUAAUUUCAAUAUUCGUUUUUUUGCUAAAAAUUAAUCGGUAA